AAACAAUGCAUUGCUUGUAGGUAUGCACACUUUUAAUUUGCAAGUUAAAUAUGGACUUCUGGAUGAUUUUCUCUUUGGUUUCAAGGGCAGGAAACACAACUCUCGCUCCAACUGACAGACAAAAUGACUGCUCAGUUAGGCUAUACCUGGGGUUUCUUAUGGACAACAAUAGCAAUGUCAUUUGCUGUCCUUACUUGCAGCUUUGUGAAGGAAACAGUAGCUUGUUCAAAAAUUGUUGUCAUCAAUGAACUCACUGGACCUGAGAAUAGCACACAAUGUCAAGGCAGGGGGAAUUGUGCUUCAGGUCUUGAAAAUUGUACUUCAGGUCUUGAAAAACUGUGGAUACUCAAUCUUUACCCAAACAAAGAUCCUGUAUACACAUGCAAGGAUAUACCCUUCAAGGUGAAGAAGGAUAACGACUACCACAUAAUAUUCAACAAAACACUUCGUAAUAUAUCUCUCUGGAUCACGAAAAACUGGACGUGCAAGCCAUCCUCAAAAGGGUGUAAUUCUACAAUUCCGGAUUAUGGAUGUGAAUCUGUCAUUAAUUCCUCUGUGUGUGGAACUUGGUCAAAAUAUGAUAGUGACCGUUGUGGAGACCUGCAGGCAGACUUCAUGCUGAAUACAAGCGUGAACAAGGCAGACAAUAGCUCAUGUGUGACCUGCAGAAACCCAGUGCAAGUACCUGUGGGUAACGUGAAAGUGAACCAGACGGAGCUCUUCCAUAAUGGACAAGUGAAUGCUGACAAAGCCAACACUCUUAUGGAAAACUUGAAAUCCACGCUGGACAAGUUAGGAAACAUGUCCAGUGCCAAAGUGGAAGCUGGGGAAGUUAAAGGAGCUAUCAUACGGCUUAAAGAGCAUAACCCAGUCACCGUUGCAUACUCUGUGGAAGCGAAAACGAUGGUUAUUGUUUCCAACCCAAAUGCACUGCAGACAAAGCAUUCUUGGUCUGUCGACAUUCCUGCAGAGGCUGUGAAUAUUUCCCGAUCAGCCAAUGGUGGAGAGGGAUUUGCAGGGGUAUUACGCUUUCCUAACAUGUCCAUGGAUUGCAAAAACAGCAGAGUUUUAGAUAAUGCUGUGUAUGGCAUAUCUAUGUCUGCCAACAUCUCCAAUUUGAAAGAUCCUAUCAAAAUUCAUUUUGGAAAUGUCAGCAUGGAGAAUGUUACGUUUAUCUGCACCUCCUGGAAUGGUGUCGGGGAUCAACCUACCUGGACAGAGGACGGAUGUGAGACAGUAAAGGGCAACAGCACCAUCACAUGCAAAUGUUAUCAUCUUACCUUCUUUGCCAUUCUAAUGAAUGCUCUACCAACUAACGACACCCUCUCCGAAUCGGACCUCGUCUCCCUGACAUACAUCAGCUACAUCGGCUGUGGCCUUUCCAUAUUUUUCCUGGGGGUGGCGCUUUUCAUGCAUUUUCUGCUACGCAAAGCCAAGUCCAGCCAGGCCAUCCAGAUCCUGAUUAAUCUGUUCACAGCGCUCCUCCUCCUCAACCUGACUUUCCUGACCAACGAGUCGGUGGCCAACAUGGGCAGUAACAUCGGCUGCAUCAUCAUCGCCACCCUCAUGCACUACUCUAUGCUGUCCACGUUCACUUGGUUUGCUAUGCAAGCUCUCCACCUGUACCUGCGCCUCGUUAAGAUGAGCAACACCAAAGACAUCAAAAACUACAUGCUGAAGAUGUGCAUGCCAGCCUGGGCUUGCCCAGCUGUGGUUGUCAUCACUCUUGCUGUUCUGAAUAAGUACACACUGGUGACCAUUACCACCACUAGUGGAUUUCAAACAAAAACGUGCUGGAUAAAGGACACAACGGUGCACUUCGUGGUAAACAUCGGCUACUAUGCACUGGUGUUCCUCUUCACGCUGGGCAUCUUCUUUGUGGUGGUGCAAAAAAUCCUCAUGUCCAGCAAGCUGAAGGUCAAGGACGCCAAGACGCCCUCUGUCUCCAAGAACAUAAUGGCCAUUAUGAGCCUGCUGGCCCUGCUAGGACUCACCUGGGGGGUGGCGUUCUUCAGCUAUGGGCCCAUGAUGAUACCAUCCUACUACAUAUUCUGUGUUCUCAAUGCCUUUCAAGGGUUUUUCCUGUUCAUCUAUUACUACAAUAACAGCAAGGACCUUGCCGAAGACACAAAGCCUGACAACCCAACAUUCAGUAGCAGCACAUCCUCUAAUAUAGCUACAAGCAAUACCUAUGUAACCCAAGGCUAAGUACUCAAGUUAAAAAAAAACAAGGUUCCCAACAAAUUGGACGGUUCUCAUAAAGUUCUACAGUGCACUUUUAGAAAAAUGAUUCAUUAUGGGUUGUUUUUCUUUUACAGAGAGAUAGAUCCAGAUUAGUGGGAGGUAAUA